AGCCGGCCGCGGUGUUCCCAGGCGCGGGGGCGAACCCGCGAGGUGGCGGCGGGGCGGGGCCUCCCUGGCGACCACCCCCCGGCCCAGACCGCGCCCGCUCCUCACGUGGCCGCGGCGGGCGGGGCGGCGCCACCUCUUCCUCCCGCCGGAGCCCGCCCCGCGCCGCGCACCAGCCGGCCCGGAGCCCCCGUCCCCGCCGCGCACCGCCCGCGCGGGCGCCCGCAGCCCGCUGCCCUGCCCGGCCCCGCCUCGGGCCGCCCGCACUCGCUCGGCAGGAUGUCGGUGAAGGACGGCGCCCAGCGCAAGUGGGCAGCGCUCAAGGAGCGCCUGGGGCCGCAGGACUCCGACCCGACGGAGGCCAACCUGGAGAACGCCGGCCCCGAGCUGUGCAUCCGGCUGCUGCAGGUGCCCUCGGUGGCCAACUACUCGGGCCUGCGCAAGCGCCUGGAGAGCAGCGAUGGCGUCUGGAUGGUGCAGUUCCUGGAGCAGAGCGGCCUGGACCUGCUGCUGGAGGCGCUGGCGCGGCUGUCGGGCCGCGGCGUGGCGCGCAUCGCGGACGCGCUGCUGCAGCUCACCUGCGUCAGCUGCGUGCGCGCCGUCAUGAACUCCCCGCCCGGCCUGCAGUACAUCCUCGGCAACCAGGCCUACGUGCGCCAGCUGUGCCAGGCCCUGGACACCGCCAACGUGAUGGUCAAGAAGCAGGUGUUCGAGCUGCUGGCCGCGCUCUGCGUGUACUCGCCCGCGGGCCACGCGCUGGCCCUGGACGCCCUGGACCACUACAAGGCCGUGUGCAGCCACCAGUACCGCUUCAGCGUCAUCAUGAACGAGCUGUCGGACAGUGACAACGUCCCGUACGUGGUGACGCUGCUCAGCGUGGUCAACGCCGUCAUCCUGGGCCCCGAGGACGUCCGCGCCCGCGCCCAGCUGCGCAGCGAGUUCAUCGGGCUGCAGCUGCUGGACGUCCUGACCCGGCUGCGGGACCUGGAGGACGAGGACCUGCUGAUCCAGCUGGAGGCCUUCGAGGAGGCCAAGGCCGAGGAUGAGGAGGAGCUGCUGCGCGUCUCGGGUGGCGUGGACAUGAACAGCCACCAGGAGGUGUUCGCACGCCUGUUCCACAAGGUGAGCUGCUCCCCGGCGUCCACCCAGCUGCUGUCCAUGCUGCAGGGCCUCCUGCACCUGGAGCCCUCGCACCGCGCCAGCCAGCUGCUCUGGGAGGCCCUGGAGGGCCUGGUGAACCGGGCGGUGCUCCUGGCCAGCGACGCCCAGGAAAGCACCUUGGAGGAGCUGGUGGAGAGGCUGCUGUCCACCAAGGGGAGGCCUCGGCCGGGUCCCCUGAGCCAGGCCCACAAGAGCGUCCAGGCGAACCUGAGCCCGCCGGGCAGCUCCCCCCAGGCCGCUGCUGCGUCCGCGGCCGACCUGGGGACUCGGCAGCCAGCAGCGGCCGCCAGCUGCCCACACGUGGUCAGCACCCCGAGUGCCAGGGACCUGAUGGCUCCACAGCCGACAGCCGCAACCCCCCUCCCCCUCCCCAGCCUCGCCACUGUGCCCCCACCCCCUCUCCCAGGCCAGGGGGCCACGUGCCCCCCAGUGCCCCCUCCCCCACCCCCUCUCCCAGGCCAGGGGGCCACGUGCCCCCCAGUGCCGCCUCCCCCACCCCCUCUCCCAGGCCAGGGGGUCCCGUGCCCCCCAGUGCCCCCUCCCCCACCCCCUCUCCCAGGCCAGGGGGCCGCGUAUCCCCCAGUGCCGCCUCCCCCACCCCCUCUCCCAGGCCAGGGGGCCACGUAUCCCCCAGUGCCACCUCCCCCACCCCCUCUCCCAGUCAUGGGAUGCCCACCCCCACCCCCGCUGCCUGGUACAGGCGGGGGCCCCCCACCCCCACCCCCACUGCCUGGUCCCCCUGGAGCAGAUGGGGUGGAGGAGGUCAUCGUGUCCCAGGUGGACCACGGCCUGGGCUCCGCCCGGGUCCCCAGCCACCGGCGCGUGAACCCCCCCACGCUGCGCAUGAAGAAGCUGAAUUGGCAGAAGCUGCCGUCCAGCGUGGCCCGAGAGCGCAACUCCAUGUGGGCAGCCCUGAGCGGCCCGGGCAGCGCGGCCCUGGAGCCCGACUUCGGCAGCCUCGAGCGGCUCUUCUCCUUCCCCGCGGACAAGCCCAAGGAGCCGGCGGCCGCCCCGGCCAGGAAGGAGCCCAAGGAGGUCACUUUUCUGGACUCCAGGAAGAGCCUGAACCUCAACAUCUUCCUGAAGCAGUUUAAGUGCUCCAACGAGGAGGUGGUGGCCAUGAUCCGUGCCGGAGACACCAGCAGGUUUGACACGGAGGUGCUCAGACAGCUCCUGAAACUGCUCCCGGAGAAGCACGAGAUUGAGAAUCUGCGGGCGUUCGCUGAGGACCGAGCCAGGCUGGCCAGCGCGGACCAGUUCUACCUGCUGCUGCUGGACGUCCCCUGCUACCAGCUGCGGGUGGAGUGCAUGCUGCUGGGCGAGGGCACAGCCAUCGUGCUGGACAUGGUGCGGCCCAAGGCCCAGCUGGUGCUGGACGCCUGCGAGAGCCUGCUCACCAGCCCCCAUCUGCCCGUCUUCUGCCGGCUGAUCCUCAAGAUCGGGAACUUCCUCAACUACGGCAGCCACACGGGGGACGCGGACGGCUUCAAGAUCAGCACGCUGCUGAAGCUCACGGAGACCAAGUCCCUGCAGGGCCGCGUCACGCUGCUGCACCACGUGCUGGAGGAAGUGGAAAAGACCCAGCCGGACCUCCUGCAGCUGCCACAGGACCUGGAGCUGCCCUCCCGGGCCGCGGGGAUCAACCUGGAGAUCCUCCGCUCCGAGGCCAGCGCCAACCUGAAGAAGCUCCUGGAGGCCGAGCGGAAGGUGUCGGCCUCGCUGCCCGAGGUGCAGGAGCAGUACGCCGAGCGCCUGCAGGCCAGCAUCGCGGCCUCCCGCGCGCUGGAGGAGCUGUUUGAGGCCGUGGAGCGGCGGCGGCAGGAGCUGGCCGAGUACCUGUGCGAAGACCCCCAGCAGCUGUCCCUGGAGGACACCUUCAGCACCAUGAGAGCCUUCCGGGACCUCUUCCUGCGCGCCCUGAAGGAGAACAAGGCGCGCAAGGAGCAGCUGGCCAAGGAGGAGGCGCGGAAGCUGCGGAGCGGGGCGGGGCCGCCAGCCAGGAGGGGGCCCGCGCAGCAGGAGGAGGUGUGCGUCAUCGACGCCCUGCUGGCCGACAUCAGGAAGGGCUUCCGGCUGCGGAAGACGCACCGUGGCCGCGGGGACCAGGACCCCCCAGACCCCCCAAAGACUGCAGAGCCCGCAGCUGCCCCCGACCCGGCACCCAGCCGCGCCUGCUCCGAGCCUCCAGACUGGGACCUGGUGGACGCCUUGCACCCCGGCCCCCAGCCCCCAGAGGAGGGCAGCCCCCCAGCCCCGGAGGAGGGCAGCCCCCUGCCCCCAGAGGAGGGCGGCCCCCCAGCCCCGGAGGAGGGCAGCCCCCAGCCCCCAGAGGAGGGCAGCCCCCUGCCCCCGGAGAGGCGCUCCUCCUGGUAUGAGGACGCCAGCGAUUUCCUGGCCGGCGAGGACGCCCCGAGCCCCCUGCCCUCCACGGGGGCCUGGCCAGUGACUCUGGGGGACGACCAGGCCCUCAAGCCCCUGGAGUUCUCCUGCGAGAAGCCCCCUGGAGCCGAGAGUCCCAGGCGGGAGCAGCAGGACCCUGCAGGCCUGGGUGGCGUCCACCAGGUGGAGGCCGACAGCACGGGCGAGGCGCCCCAGGACCCAGCUGCUCACGGCCAUGGCUGCAGCCACCUGGGGGGCGAGGAGGACACGGCCCCGGAGUCCGCGCUGGACACGUCCCUGGACAAGUCCUUCUCGGACUCCUCGGGGUCCGGCACCCUGCCCCGGGCGCGGGGCCGAGCUGCCAAGGGCUCGGGCCGGCGGAGGAAGCAGCGGCCCUGCAGGGGCCAGGAAGCAGAGGUCGCCCCCGAUGGUGACAGUCAGACACGAAGGCUGUGUGUGCUGCAGUAAGGACCCAGGCCUAAGCCCAGAGCCAAGUGAGCGAGACCCCAGGGAACCCCAAGUCCGUGCCUUACCCAGCCAGGGCCUCGGGGCGCCCCAGCAGGCCCCUCCCUGCCACUGCCCACCCAGCCCCUGCCCUGACUCCUUCCUCCGGUGUGUGCCAGGAGUGAGACCAAUAAAGACAAGCCUGGCCCUGCCCUGA